AAGGUGGUAUGUUUGAUAAAGUCCGAUGCUUGACGAUAAAUGAUACGCAUCCUUUUCAACACCAAUGAUUUAAAGUUAUUUCUCAAGAUUUACCUUUUCUCAAAGAGUUGAUUAUAUAUAAUGGUGUACUACCACAAAACAAGCAACAUUCAUCGUCAUUAAUUACAUUUCCUCAUCUUAUUCUUCUCAAUUUGGUUGAAGCACAUGUUGAUUAUGCUGAACAAUUUCUCGUCGAUAAAAACACUCAUUUACCUUGUUUAUUGGAUCUCUACAUCAAAUAUAAAUCACUUGUAAUGGUAACCAACAAUUUUAUCAAUGAUGCAACACGUCGAACUUGUGCUCAAUUAAAAAGACUUCAUAUGGAUAAUUUGUUUGUUCCACCAAAAAAUUUUCAUAAGUAUUAUCCUUUAUUAUAA